GUCUAAAAUUUGGUUUGUAAAAACUAACCUUUUAUAAACCGUUUGUAAAAAGGUUUUAAAAGCGUCAACAAUUUUAUAACGGCGAAAGUUUAGAAAAAAGCUGAAUUGUAUAUUUCGCCGUGAAGUUUUUUAAAUAAAACCGUUUAUGAACUGUUCCAAUACCGUAAUGUUUUGAACCUUUUUUUUACUUCAGAUAUUGCAGGAAAAAUUCAGGUGUGGCAACACAGCAGCGUAUACGAUGCACACAAGAUUGUUUUCUCAAACUUGGCAACUGCUGGCCAAGAGCGUCAUAGCGUCACUUCGUUGUUGAUACCGUGUUGAUAUUAGAGUGAAUUUUGAGUGACUCUUGGGCCAAGAUCUUAAGUUUGAGAGAGCUAAUGGUUCAGAACAUGAUGUGUUAUUACACUUGUGAAGAAGUGAAACAGCUUCGUGAUGCCAGAAUUAAAUCAAAAUCUCACCCUUCUACACGAUGCAGUACCCAAGUCUAGCUGGCAAUGUCAUCCACAGCCUUGUUUUGCCAGAGUGGAUUUCUGGUUACGAAAAGUAUACUUUGUAUCCAAGGAUGACUCAACAAAAGUCCUCGCAACCAGUUUACUGGAAAACACCAUGAACAUCAGAAAUCCCAAGUCAGAUUGGCUCGAGUAUGAAUUGGUCAGUUAUCUCAAUCCACAUGAUUUAAAAUCCUUGGUGUGGGCAAGCGAAAGAAAAUUCCAAGCUCAAAAUUGCAAGAUGCAGCAGCUUUGGUUGUUGAGAAACCGAGAAGAGAAGGAAACAAUCAGCCAUCUUCCUCUAUUAUCGUUCAUCGUUUUGAGAGUGGGUCACCUGUCGGCCGGAAUAAUUCUGGGAAUGCGGGAGGCAAUUUGCCAAAUGUCCCUUUCGUUCGUCAGUCUGACAAUGGGUCGCCUGUCCUCACUAACAUUACGACUAGCUGCGAAUGCAGGAAACAAUUUGCCGUUUUUCCCGUUCGUUCAUCCGACUGAUGACAGAUUGUGGCCACCUUAUGCCCCGAAUAAUACUACGACUGGAAAUGAUUUCGUCGCCCGUGGCAGAUGACACUUCCGUCGGAACCUCCUACAGAUGUCUACAAUGUUAGUUCUCCACCGAUUGAAAUGCAUCAAUCACCUCCAUGUUUGAUCGAUAGCUCUGCAAACAUCAAUUCGUCAAGCAGUUCGGCAUCAAGUUACAUUUCAACAUCAAGUAACAACGUUUCUUCCAACCGUUUGAAAAGGCGAAGACUUCAUUACAGUUCCGGAAGUGAAAAUAUUCCUCUUGCAAAUUCUCAGUUUGAAGUAAUCCAACAACAACUGAAAAUAAUACAAGAUCAGCAAUCUGCCCUAACUGAAAUUUCGCAGAAAGUUGCGGCGCUCACAAAAGCCGUACAACAAUCUAAUGGAAAUAUUCCGGUGUUGGAAGAAGACCGUGCUCGUCAUGCAACUAUCGUUGAAAAAGAGUUUGAUUUUUUACCAAUAAAAGAUCCUGUUCAGCUCUGUAGUUUUGACGUGAUGGUUGGAGCUCGUGAGAAACAGUCAAUAAGUUUGAUAUUUCACUGGGCCGCGGCGUUUGAAAAAUCGAAAACCAUCAACUCUUUUCUACGUAGCAUUUUCUCUCAACUGAUGGAGCCAGAGGUGGGACACAUUGUUCAGUGGAAGACGAGACGAGUUGCUAAUGAACUCAUAACUGGCUUGAAGUGUAUGCCCAAUAUUCUAGCCAUUAUACUCGUAACUGCCAAUUUCGGUCAAAGGCCAACAACAUCCCGAAACAAGACGUCCAGGAUUUCAUUGAUCGAUG